CCAGCUGGAGGCCGCCCCCUUCUGUCCCUGAGCCUGGGCUGGGACGUGGAUGCUCUUUUGUCGCCUGCCUUGGCUAAAAGGUAAAGCGCGUUCUCAUGACCCUUCGUCUGAUCAUCAUACGUACUUGCCUCCAACAUUCCCAUGCAGACACGUCGAGCUUUUACAUAAAACCCAUCGUCCACGCGAUUACCAGCGACCCCCCUUCUGCUCUAUUCAAUCUCUGCUUUUUCCCAGAUACCCCUCCAACUUGAGAGACAACGUACAUAACCGCCCUUGAUACCCCAUCCAGUCUCCAGUUACCCCUCACAAAACUCCCUCCUACAACACUUUCAAACAUAUCUCUCAACAACUCCAAACACAAACAACCGCCAUUAUGUCAAACACCACUGUUCACGUCAAGAACAUCGCUUCGGCGACCGAAGACAAGGAGAUCAAGGACUUCUUCAGCUUCUGGUAAGUUCAUUUACCAUCGCCUCUGAUGGCCUGAUAUCCCUGCCUUCACCGCAAGUCCCAC